UUAAGACCGAGAGACGUGCUCCACUAGUUAGUAGGAGAAGCAGGAGUGAUUUCCUACAGCACCGCUACAAUGUAACGGCUCACCGUACACUGGAGACGAACCCAUGGCUACAGUGUCAGUGUGAUUUCACUGAAGAGUUUUAAUUUCACCCUGGGCUGUUUUUGUGGCCCAGUAGUGAUUUACAGACUAGACAGAGACAUUUAUUAGAGUAUGGCCGCAGACGUGGAUAAAACUACUGCUGGAGAGCAUGAAGAUCGCGCGACUCCAUCUAACAGACGCGCCCGCUCACGUUUCAAGCAGCUCUCCAGUUUAUUUAUAAUAGCUGCUGUUCCUUUCAUCGGCUUUUGCAUUAAAUAUUACCAGGACAUCCAGCUUGUGAAACGACAUGAGGAAGGAUUGAAGGCACUGGGAGCAGAUGGACUCUUUUUCUUCUCAUCCCUGGAUACUGAUCAUGACCUUUAUCUCAGUCCAGAGGAAUUCAAACCUAUUGCAGAAAAACUCACAGGUGUGGCACCUCCUCCAGAGUUUGAAGAGGAGAUACCACAUGACCCAAAUGGAGAGACGCUGACCCUGCAUGCUAAAAUGCAGCCGUUACUGCUGGAAAGCAUGACUAAGAGCAGAGAUGGCUUUCUAGGGGUUUCACAUAGCUCUCUUAGUGGGCUGCGAUCUUGGAAACGUCCAGCUAUUCCUUCAUCCACAUUUUAUGCCAGUCAGUUCAAGGUCUUCCUGCCACCCAGUAGUAAAUCUGCCCUGGGUGACACUUGGUGGAUUGUUCCCAGCGAACUGAACAUUUUCACUGGCUAUCUUCCCAAUAACCGUUAUCAUCCUCCCACUCCACGAGGCAAAGAGGUGCUGAUCCACUCUCUGUUGAGCAUGUUCCACCCGCGGCCCUUUGUGAAAUCCCGCUUUGCUCCACAGGGAGUUGUGGCUUGUAUACGGGCUGCUAGUGACUUUUAUUAUGACAUUGUUUUCAGAAUCCAUGCAGAGUUCCAGCUAAAUGAUGUUCCCAACUUUCCAUUCUGGUUCACUCCUGGGCAGUUUGCUGGUAACAUCAUCCUCUCCAAAGAUGCUUCUCAUAUCCGAGAGUUUCACCUCUACGUCCCAAAUGACAAAACUCUGAAUGUGGACAUGGAGUGGCUGUAUGGCGCCAGCGAGAGCAGUAACAUGGAGGUGGAUAUUGGAUACCUUCCUCAGAUGGAGCUCAAGGCAGCAGGACCCUCCACUCCCUCAGUGAUCUAUGACGAACAAGGGAACAUGAUUGACAGCCGACGGGAGGGAGGUGAGCCCAUUCAGUUUGUGUUCGAGGAGAUUGUCUGGAGUGCAGAGCUGAGCAGAGAAGAAGCAUCAAGACAUUUGGAGGUCACAAUGUACCCAUUUAAAAAGGUGCCAUAUUUACCAUUCAGUGAGGCCUUUAGCAGAGCUGAUGCUGAGAAAAAGCUGGUUCACUCCAUCCUGCUCUGGGGAGCCCUGGAUGACCAGUCUUGCUGAGGUUCAGGGCGGACUCUUCGAGAGACAGUCCUCGAGAGUUCGCCCGUUCUGGCCUUACUCAACCAGAGCUUCAUCAGCAGCUGGUCUCUAGUCAAAGAGCUGGAGGAUCUGCAGGGUGAUAAAAAGAAUCUGGAUUUGAGUGAAAAGGCUCGUUUGCAUUUGGAAAUGUAUACUUUUCCAGUGGAGAUGAUGGUGGCGCUGCCUAACGGCACUGUGGUCCAUCACAUCAAUGCUAAUAAUUUCCUGGACCAGACAUCCAUGAAACCUGAGGAGGAAGAGGGGCCAGCUCUCAGUUUCUCAGCGGGUUUUGAGGAUCCCUCAACCUCCACAUACAUCCGCUUCCUUCAGGAAGGACUUGAAAAGGCCAGACCUUACCUGGAAUCAUAAAACUGAUUAAAGACUGUUUCCAGAAAAAUCAGUGCACAUCUGAGAAUCGAAGGGAGUAUAUGAGGGAAAAGAAAGGAAGUGCUGAUAUCAGCUCUGCUCCCCCGUGGAGGAACGUUUGAGGAACGGUAUGCGGAGGAGCUGAUGUAUUUUCAUAAUUCAGAAGGCAGCUGGUGACCACAUCUUCUUGGACAUGGUCCUUAGUGUGACACAUGUUGUCACUUGUCAUUAGGGUCACAAGAAUGUGGUUUUUCACCCCAGUGAAACCAGGGUGUUAGCUAUACACAAUCUCAAUUAAGUCAUAUUUUUAUAUAGAAAUUUGCCGUUUAUGUGCAAAUUUAACACUUUCUGAGUGACGAAUGUCAAUAAUCUGAUCUAUUGCUCAGAUUAAUGAGUGAAAACAGCAUUAUAGAUUAUUACUGAUAAAACCACUUUUAUACUUUUGUUUCAUUGCACAUAAAGCCACUUAUGUUUUGCUGCAUCAUUUUUUGUUAUUCCAGAUGGUUCUGUAGGAGACAGAAUAGUGCUGGCUGUGGCUUCCUCAAUUAGGCAGUUUGUGAUGGUCUUGUCUGAAAGCCCAAUCUGGGUGAGGCCAGGCCUGAUGUUGUUGUUUAAGUCUGUGGAAGCAACGCCUGCUUUUCUCUCUCAACAGAAUACUGGCACUAAGCUAAAAUAUACACAAAGCAAAGCCUUUGUAUUUCAGCUCAUCUACACAGCUGCAGGAAAGCUGCCAUGGGCUCUGAUAUAUUACAUCUGAAAUCCACUUUUGUCUAAGGGUGAAGAUGCAUAAUGGCUAGUUAGAAACGUCACAAUUUUUUUUGUCUCUUUUAAAAAUUAAAUAAAAUGCGAAUAGCUCA